AUGGCAACUACCCGUGUUCAAAAAUCGCGCGAUGCGAGUCUCGCCCUGGAGGCUUUGCCUGCCCAGUCAGACACAGCUCCAGCUUCGGAUCCCGCUGAAGGAUUUCCGUUGUUGGAGAAAUGGAAUCAGCCUCGCGUCAAUAUUUAUCGGACCUUUGCGACAUUCUGGUCAUUCUUGGUCAUGGGAGCGAAUGAUGCAGCCUAUGGUCUGGAAUCAUACUACAAUCUAUCAUACACGAUUGUGUCUCUCGUUUUCUUGUCGCCUCUAGUGGGCUAUACGGUCGCCGCGUUUCUUAAUCACCGCAUCCACUAUACACUAGGUCAACGCGGUGUGGCCAUUAUCGGGCCAGCGUGCCAUCUCAUUGCCUAUGUGAUCAACUGCGUUCAUCCGCCGUAUCCAGUACUAGUGGUCGCAUUCAUCUUUGCAGGGUUGGGGAAUGGCCUAGAGGAUGCUGCAUGGAAUGCAUGGAUUGGUAACAUGGCCAACGCAAAUGAGGUGUUGGGAGUGUUGCAUGGCAUCUAUGGAGCCGGUGCAGUUAUGAGUCCUCUGGUCGCAACCUCCAUGAUUGCCAAGGGUGGUCUGCCGUGGUAUUACUUUUAUUAUGUCAUGAUCGGAUGUGCGGCCAUCGAAUUGGUGGUUUCGGGCACAUGCUUCUGGAAAUCAACGGCCGCCGAUUUCCGCGCAUCCAACGUACCAUCAGCGGAGAACAAAAAAGGUGGCUUGAGAGAUGCACUCUUCCAGCAACCGGCUGCCCGGGUAACCUGGCUCUGCGCUUUGUUCUUGUUGGGAUACGUUGGAGUAGAGGUCGCGCUGGGAGGGUGGAUUGUUACUUUUAUGAUCCGAGUCCGACAAGGGAGUGCUUUUGCUAGCGGGAUGACGGCCACUGGGUUCUGGUUGGGUAUCACGGUGGGACGGGUAAUUUUAGGAUUUGUGACCCCCCGCGUCGGCGAGAAAGUCGCAGUUUCGGUGUACAUUGUUUGCUCCAUGGGGUUUGCUUUGAUCCUAUGGCUUGUGCCCCAGUUCUAUGCAUCGGCCGUGGCAGUGUCUCUGCAAGGUUUCUUCCUGGGCCCCCUUUUCCCUGGGGCAGUUAUAAUGGUUACCAAGCUUCUUCCUCGGCACUUGCAUGUCACCUCCAUAGGGUUUGUCGCUGCCUUUGGGGGUAGUGGGGCCGCCAUUCUCCCUUUUGCGGUCGGCGUGCUUGCACAAGCCAAGGGGGUGAAAGUGCUGCAGCCAUUUAUCAUUGCUCUGUCCGGGGCCAUUCUCAUUACAUGGUUGGGAUUGCCGCGGGUGUCUAAGGUUAGACACAAUGAAUAA